AUGAUUGACCUGAGUUACCUGACGGAGGAGGAGCAGGAGAUGAUCCUGUCCGUAUUAAAGAGGGACGCCGAUCUGAAGAAGGCUGAGGAACAGCGUGUGAAGUGAGUUCACAGGAUGCCUUAGAGUUGAGAUUGCGUUGUCUGUGGAUCAGUUGGGGCAGUGUGCAAAUUGGAUUGGGUCCAGAGUGUCUGAGAUGAUAGAGUUGAUGUGUGCCAGCCUUUCAAAGCACUUCAUUAUUACAGAUGUGAGUGCUUCAGGGCGGUAGUCAUUGUGGCAGGAUGCCUUAAGAGUUUUUGGGAAAAGGAAUGAUGAUAGUCAGCUUGAAACGUGUGGAUUACAGACUGGGACAAGGAGAGGUUGAUCAUGUCUGUGAAGAUGGUCUGCACAUGCCCUGAGGACACGCCCUGGAAUACAGUGGUAGGGUUAAAGAAAAGUAUUACAGCAGUGUGGGGAAACUCCAAGAUAUUAAAUAGAUUCUCCGGUACUUUUGUAUACUUUUUAGCCAGUAGUUCUGAAAGUAGCGCUCACAAGCCAAAAGUGGUCCCCGAAAAUUGCGUACUACCUCACAUAUGUGCAGAUAUGUGCAGAUAUGUGCACCACGUGAUUGCUCUCUCUCUCGCUCUGCUGUGUGUGCAUCUUGCUAGCUGUCAAUCAAAUGGCGAGGGGAUGAAGCUCAUUGGCUAGAACUCAAAUUGCUAGGGGGCUGGCCCAUGUGGGGGAAAAUUUAGGGAAAAUGGCUCAGAACAGCUUCCAGAAAAACAGUUGCUUUCAAACUAGGGAUUUCGUGGCUAAUUGAGGUAAGACAAUAAUUCUGCUCAUAGAUUAUGCAUGUAUGAACUACACAUUGACACAUCCAGCCCAAAAAAGACUUAUUAGUCACCAAAGUUCCGGAGCAUGUCUUUAAUAGAUAUGCCUGUUUCCUUAUUCCUUUACCUUAGUUUGUUUCAUAAUCAAAACAUCGGUUUGGGUUGACUACAAAGGUAUUUUAAAAUAAAAUCCCACUACUGAGAUAUGUGAAGAGCCUCAUAAACAAUAAAAACACAAGGUUGUGAUGGAAUUCAAACUGCUUUUGUAUUUAUUUAAAAACUUACUUGGUGUACCUUCUACUACUUUUGCUCAACUAAUGCUACAUAAAAAUGGUUUGAAUAUUACACACACACACUCUCUCUCGCUUUCUUUCUCUCUUUCUCACACACACACACACACACUUAGACAACAUGAGUUCAAACGUGUGCUUGAUUGCACUGUGUUUUGUUCAUAAGAAAUGUUGACAAGGUGUUGUUGCAAUCAUGUGAAACAACUGUAAUACAUGGGACUCAUAACAAGGAUUACAUCACAGAUUCAUAACCACUGCAUGCACCUUCAUAAAAACAAUCUAUCACAUUUGCUUAUGUUACUGUAAAUGCCCCUGCUAGCAGGAAACUCAAUGAGGUUUUCCAGGUUCUGACAUAAUCUGUCAUCAACUCAUUGUAUUGCCUCUGCCUGGCCACCAUUACUGGUUUUCCAUUGUUAAGUGACCAUAUUUUGAACUUUUACCCUCUCUCCACUUAGGAAUCUACAAAAGCAAGAACGUGACAAGGGCAAGCUGAAGUACUUGACUGGAGAGUGGUUCUAUGAGACCAAGUCAAGGCGUCACAGAGACAGGAUCCAUGGUUCUGACAUCAUCAGAGCAUCCAUAAGUCGGAGGAAACCUGUGACCAUAUGUGAGUUAUAGCCGUGUCAAGCUAUGCAACUUUAGACAGUCGUUGAAUCUUACAGAGACCAUUACAGAUUUUUAUGACUAAAUGCUGCGUUGCAGAAAUUCCCCACAAAUUCUCUUUAAAUGUACAGUAACUCUAUUCCUAGGCAUUUAAUUUGUUCAAAUAUUGUUUGGUGGAUAUUACAUUGGUGAACAUUGAUAUGAACAGUUGACUCUGAAACAAGAACACAAAAGGAGAAUUAGAUAAUGCCUUUUAUUCUUCAUGUACCCAUCUAUCAUGUGCAGGCAUUUUUGCUCUCUGGAAUAGCAUGAAUCUUCCAAUUUUCUAUAGCUGGGUCACGUUCAGGACACAAAGAGGCUGUUGUACCAAAGUUUGUCCAUUAGGAAUGCUCAUUCCAUCCUUCACAUCAUGAUAGGGAUGGUUGUUAGAUGUAUUGUGACAUACAGAGUGGAGGUGAGUUGGACUCACGCUCUCGUGAUGCUACCCAGAAAUGUUACCUGCAACUUCAAAAUCAGUGUCACCCUCGGCCCAAAGGUGAAUUUCCUCUUGGCCUAAUGGUUGGUUUCCCGAGCAGUAGAUUGGGGUUCAGAUCCCACCUGUGACACAGACAUACAGUAUGUGUCUUCAUCUGGUUUGUCAGUGGUUUUACUGAGGCCUGUAUCCCAUGUGUUCUGUGUUGUAGUGGAGCUCUCCCAGAUGUGGGCAGAGAAGCCCAGCUUCGUGAACAGUGAGAACCAGGAUGUGUAUGUUCCUCCAGAACUCUCAGGCCUUUUAGAGGAGCCACAGGCACAACACAACAACUACUACAGGUGAGAGUUCCAUGAUAUGGACCGGUUGUGCAGCGCUGGAAAAAGUACCCAAUUGUCAUACUUGAGUAAAACUAAAGAUACCUUAAUAGAAAAUAACUCAAGUAAAAGUGAAAGUCACCCAGUAAAAUCCUACUUGAGUAAAAGUCUAAAAGUAUUUGGUUCGAAAUAUACUUAAGUAUCAAAAGUAAAUGUAAUUGCUAAAAUAUACUUAAGUAUCAAAAGUAAAAGUAAAAGUAUAAAUCAUUUCAAAUUCCUUAUAUUAAGCAAACCAGAUGGCACCAUUUUCUUUUUUUAAAUGUAUUUACAGUGGGGAGAACAAGUAUUUGAUACAUUGCCGAUUUUGCAGGUUCUCCUACUUACAAAGCAUGUAGAGGUCUGUAAUUUUUAUCAUAGGUACACUUCAACUGUGAGAGACGGAAUCUAAAACAAAAAUCCAGAAAAUCACAUUGUAUGAUUUUUAAGUAAUUAAUUUGCAUUUUAUUGCAUGACAUAAGUAUUUGAUACAUCAGAAAAGCAGAACUUAAUAUUUGGUACAGAAACCUUUGUUUGCAAUUACAGAGAUCAUACGUUUCCUGUAGAUCUUGACCAGGUUUGCACACACUGCAGCAGGGAUUUUGGCCCACUCCUCCAUACAGACCUUCUCCAGAUCCUUCAGGUUUCGGGGCUGUCGCUGGGCAAUACGGACUUUCAGCUCCCUCCAAAGAUUUUCUAUUGGGUUCAGGUCUGUAGACUGGCUAGGCCACUCCAGGACCUUGAGAUGCUUCUUACGGAGCCACUCCUUAGUUUCCCUGGCUGUGUGUUUCGGGUCGUUGUCAUGCUGGAAGACCCAGUCACGACCCAUCUUCAAUGCUCUUACUGAGGGAAGGAGGUUGUUGGCCAAGAUCUCGCGAUACAUGGCCCCCUCCAUCCUCCCCUCAAUACGGUGCAGUCGUCCUGUCCCCUUUGCAGAAAAGCAUCCCCAAAGAAUGAUGUUUCCACCUCCAUGCUUCACGGUUGGGAUGGUGUUCUUGGGGUUGUACUCAUCCUUCUUUUUUCUCCAAACACGGCGAGUGGAGUUUAGACUAAAAAGCUCUAUUUUUGUCUCAUCAGACCACAUGACCUUCUCCCAUUCCUCCUCUGGAUCAUCCAGAUGGUCAUUGGAAAACUUCAGACGGGCCUGGACAUGCGCUGGCUUGAGCAGGGGGACCUUGCGUGCGCUGCAGGAUUUUAAUCCAUGACGGCGUAGUGUGUUACUAAUGGUUUUCUUUGAGACUGUGGUCCCAGCUCUCUUCAGGUCAUUGACCAGGUCCUGCAGUGUAGUUCUGGGCUGAUCCCUCACCUUCCUCAUGAUCAUUUAUGCCCCACAAGGUGAGAUCUUGCAUGGAGCCUCAGACCGAGGGUGAUUGACCGUCAUCUUGAACCAUUUUCUAGUAAUUGCGCCAACAGUUGUUGCCUUCUCACCAAGCUGCUUGCCUAUUGUCCUGUAGCCCAUCCCAGCCUUGUGCAGGUCUACAAUUUUAUCCCUGAUUUCCUUACACAGCUCUCUGGUCUUGGCCAUUGUGGAGAGGUUGGAGUCUGUUUGAUUGAGUGUGUGGACAGGUGUCUUUUAUACAGGUAACAAGUUCAAACAGGUGCAGUUAAUACAGGUAAUGAGUGGAGAACAGGAGGGCUUCUUAAAGAAAAACUAACAGGUCUGUGAGAGCCGGAAUUCUUACUGGUUGGUAGGUGAUCAAAUACUUAUGUCAUGCAAUAAAAUGCAAAUGAAUUACUUAAAAAUCAUACAAUGUGAUUUUCUGGAUUCUCUCACAGUUGAAGUGUACCUAUGAUAAAAAUUACAGACCUCUACAUGCUUUGUAAGUUGGAAAACCUGCAAAAUCGGCAGUGUAUCAAAUACUUGUUCUCCCCACUGUACGUCUAGCCAGGGGCACGUUCCAACACACAGAUAUAAUUUACAAACCAAGCAUGUGUUUAGUGAGUCUGCCAGAUCAGAGCCAAUAGGGACAACCAGGGAUGUUCUCUUGAGAAGUGUGUCAAUUAUAAUAUUUUCUGUCCUGCUAAGCAUUCAAAAUGUAACAAGUACUUUUGGGUGUCAGGGAAAAUGUAUGGAGUAAAAAGUACAUAGUUUUCUUUAGGAAUGUAGUGAAGUAAAAGUAAAAAUUGUCAAAAAUAUAAAUAGUAAAGUACAGAUACCCAAAACAAUCUCCUUAAGUAGUACUUUCAAGUAUUUUUACUUAAGUACUUUACACCACUGCCACUGUGUUCAUGUUUUUAGAAACAAUGGUUGUUUUUAGGGCCGCGUGUAACGUCCGUUUUUAUAGUUUACUCUGUCGUCUCUCUCCCUUUCUCCUGUUGCAGCUGCUUCCCACACAUACCAAGCCCCUCCCCCUGUCAAGCAAGCACCGCAGUUCCUUGUCCUCGAUGUUAGAUUCAAAGUUAGAUACAUACAUUUGCAUGCUGUUCUGUUAGAUCAAACGCAGUCAACAGAUUGUUCCCAUCAAGAAUGAAGCCGCUUUCCACUUUCUUCUUAAUAUAAAUCAUUCUAAUUCUAUUAUUCCAACAGUUCACCAAAGUCUUUUAAUCUAUAUCGCAAGUCAAAUUGCAAUCGCAUUAUUUGGUUAAAAAAAACACGAUUAGAUAUUUUGCCCAUAUUGUGCAGCCUUAGUUGUUUUAAUCGUUGAUGUUUGUGACUUAACAUUUAUGGUAGAUUUCACGUGUCCUAUAUGCCUCAUGCAGUUUAGCAAAUCUGAUGCUUCAAGUAUUGUUCACUUUAGCCUGAUAAAGUUUCUGGGUAACAUUUUACAUUACAGAACGGAUGAAAGUGGUAAUAACUAGAUAAUAGUAUGGUAACAAGCUAUAGUUACACACCAUGAAAACAUUAUUUGUCAUUUAUUUUCAGUGUAAUUGUAUUACUUCCGUUAAGUUAUAUAAUACACCACAUACUUAAAAAAAAGCUUCCUCUUAAACAAAUAUCUGCCAAACUCAAUUAGUGGAUGCACAGGUAAGUAUGAAAAAAAAAAUAUAUAUAUGUAUGCACUCACUACCUGUAAGUCGCUCUGGAUAAGAGCGUCUGCUAAAUGACUAAAAUGUAAAUGUAAGUGCAACAAACAUUGUGUACAAACGUGUAGGCUAUGAGUCUAGAAUAUGCUACAAGCUUUUGUCCAUGGUGUUAUGUAAAAUCCUAGGGCUUUGCGAAACCUUAAAGGGACGUUUUGUUGCUUUGCAUUACUUACCGACUUGUGCUAAGUAGUGCAAUGCCAUAGAGAGAUUCUUAAUUAUUGCAUUUUAAACAGGUAACAAACAGACAAAUAUAAGAAAUGAGAGCAGUUUGUGAGAUUUCGCUCUUCCUGUAUAUGUCUUGUCUUCACCAUCAAAAAGUAAGCUAACUAGAAUCUCAGCCCCUGUUUAGUAAGGCUGUCACAUUCUUCUUUAAAUGGGCUCAAGCAUUAGCCCAGAUCAUAUGGGCAUGAUUGCUAAAGAAGGAGUCAUUCAGACAUUAAGUAGACACUUAGUAAUAGGGCCCAUUGGUUCCCAGUAAUCUGCUUCUAAGGUUAGAACUCACAUGCUCUUGUUUUCCUUGGUUUCCACAGUCAUGGUACUUCACAUUCAUACAUUGUUGAGGAUUGUAUGUUGUGUGAAUGAGUGGUACCAUUAAACUCUAAAACCAAGGAAAACAACUGGACUGCAGUCAGUUACCUACAGUGAAAAUAUCUGAGACGUGAACAUUGGAGUUUUUUGUAAAUGUUGAUACAUGCAAUACUUGGGGCACUCAUGAAUGCAUGCAAAGCUUGCAGAGCAAGUUAAAAUAAUGCAUUUGAAUUGCACCUGCACUUAACUGAUGUGGUGGCACUGAUGUGGUCGACUGUAGGCAUAAUCUACCAAUUGUCCACAUGAUUGCUAGAGCGAUAAUUUAAAAACAUGAAACAUUAAUAUGAUUAUCCCAUCCCUUAAUCAAAUGUAUGUUAUUCUUUAAAAGAUGAAGAAUAAGGAUGAUGUCUACAUUUUAAAACUGUAUUCACCGUAGGGAUGACAGCUACAAUCUGCCAGAAGAGCCACAAGACAUGCUGAAAUCAGUUCUGCAGUCCCCUACAAAGGUUGGUUGAAGUAACUGUAACACUUCAUUUCACAUUAAUGUUAAUAUUUAUUGAUGUACUAUUUAGUAACUAAGUAUAUGGUAAUGCAAGCACACACACACACACACACGCACACACACACACACACACACACACACACACACACACACACACACACACACACACACACACACACACACACACACACACACAGCCCUCUUACCCACACAAAAGUGGACAACAUAGGCGUUUCAUUGCUGAUUGCUGUUCCAUUGCUGAUGCAAACCUGUGUUUUCCUCUUACUGUACUGAAGCAAAGACAGAACCCAUUCAACAGCACACCACUUACACCUGAAACUUUGGAGGACACAGACAGCCAGUUACCCAAUGAAGCAAUGGAGCAAACCAAGACACCUGACGGGGGUGAGCUCCUUACCUGUACAUUAUCUGUGGCUGUCAUUUUAGUAUCCAAGAAUAAACUGAAAAAGGACAUCAAGUGAAUAUAUGGAUUCGGUAAUAACACUUCAUUUGAAUGUUCUGUCAUAAUGCCUACGUAAGGUAGUCAUAAACAUGACUUAAUGCAAUGCCGCAUGUUGCACCGACAUUUUUCUGAAACCUUACAGCUGAGAAGUUAGUUACUUCAAUGAAUCUUACUGUAAAUUAUGUUUUUAGCAAUCUUAUGUUAGCGAUAUCACGGAACAUUCAAAAACAUUCAAAUACAUACCAAACACUGACAUAUUCUUUUCUUUGAUGGUUCCUAUGCCGAGACACCACCAUUUUAGAGAAACAUCUAGAAACAUCUAGAUGCAAGCGGUUUCUAUUUGGCGUCAUGCAGUUUGCACGUUUACUACAGUAAUUCAGUCUUCAUGAUUCAACUGUAACACGCCAUGUGUUGUGUUUUUAAUGGAGUGGACAACUAGAUGGACAAACAGUCAAAGCAUUUUCCUUGCAAACAACCGUAAGUCUGGUGAACUGACCCCAUUGAAAGCCAUGCGUGUAAACCCUCUCCUGGGCUUUCGGUAUUUCUCGGUUGCUUUUUAAACAAAUUGCUAGCAUGUUCUCGUUGCAUGAUUGUUAUAAGCAUGUAUUUUUGUCAUGUCGUGAACAUAAUAUGUAUGGUAUUUCUUCCACCUUUCUUUCAUAACAUUCGCAUAAGAAGGGAAGAGGAAAACACAAUUCCCUAUAGCCAUUAUGUAGAUUCCAAUUACCAAAACAGAAUGCAAGAAUGAUUACCAUUGUUCAUUCUCAUUGUUUGGCUAAUAGAUUAACCUGUAUUGGCCUUGUAUAAUAACUAAUGCUCUAGUAUUUAGGUAAACUUCAGUUUUGUAACUACAGCGCUUGAGCCAGUUGCCCUUAAUUUCGAGACGUGCAACAACAGUGUGGCAAUUUCUCAAAGUAUGUGCUCUGAAACAAUUGCAUUUCAUGAAAUGAGCCAAUGAGUAUCUAGCAACUAGUCAGGUUUUUCCCAGAAGGAAGGCGAGCCAAAGGGGGAGGUAUGUAAAUACAGAGUAGCAGAGGGAUUACGCAUAAAGGCAUGUACCCUGACUCCAAAGCCCUAAGCUGCAGUGCAUGACUUGUCUGUGUUGGAGAUUCUUAAUGUUUCCCCCUAGUGUAUCUGAAAACAAUGUUUUUCAAGGAACUAGGCACUAACUACACACUGGGCAAAAACUGGUUGAAUCAACGUUGUUUCCACAUCAUUCCAACCAAAAAAUUCAAUGUGAUGCCCCACCACCCAAUUAAUGUAUUUUCAUCUACAUUGGGAUCCACUGUAUGUUUGUGGUGUUAACUAUAAGAUGUAAUUGUCAUCACUUAUUGUAACAUCAUGCUUGCUUUAUCCACCUGCUUUUGUGCCCCAAUGUUAUAUCCACCACCCCCCGUUGUCUUUCCCCCAGAGUUUCUACCACCAUCUGAGUUCUGCAUUGCUCAUCUAACUAACCUAAAAUCGAUCAGUUCGGAAAACAUCCAGAGUGCACCUCUGCUCAUGCCUGUGCCCAAAACAAGAACAAUCAUUAACAAAUCCCAGGACUCUCUCUUGGAGAGCCCAGCAGCCAGACAGGCCAGCUUUCCCGCCCCUAGGAGCAUCCUCAAACAAAGCAGCUCAACUGACUCUCUUCAGUUCCGAAACGCCUGCAGCCGCCAGCCAGAACCACAGAGCCCCCAAACGCUGCACUCCCCCAGCGGGGUCUUAGAGCCACCUUCAGACACCUUCCCUGCUAGAGAGAGAGAGCCCCUGGGCUGGAUAGACAGGAAACAGGUGAGAUUCGGCCCAGCAGUGAGCAGGACCAGCGUGGAGUGGCCCACUGAGAUGCAGGAUGGAAAGGAGCUGGGCGAACACAGUCUCCUGGAUUUGGACUGUACAAGCCACCCAGAGGGAGAGGAGGAGACGGGGCAGUUAGACAUAAGUGGCACCAACAGUGGUAUUGUCCAGGGUGAUCGCGGACCACUAAAGGAAGACAUUGAGGUUUUGACAGCUGUAGGUUCACCUUGCUGGCUGCAACGGCCCACUCAUGAUACGCUGAGACAGGUGGACUUAGGUGAGGGUCUGAGUUGCAGAGAGAAGCCAGAUAUAAGAUGCCUAGACACAGGCCCAGCCCAGGUCCCUGCUGGUAAGGCUAGUGCAACUCCAUUUUAAUUAUUUGAUGAAUGAAUUAAUAAAAUUAAUCUGUCAAUCAACAAUCAACACAUCAGUCAAGUGUAGAGAAUGAUUUUAGGUUUGUAAUCAAUCAAUUUAGGAAAUCAAACUAGAUAAACUACUCACCAUAUUUUUGUUGUAAAAUCUGUUUGUUUAAUCACUAACCUGCUUGCUUUCAUACAUGAAUGUACACGUUCAUUUAUUGUAUGAUGGUAAUAUUUGCUGAUGGUGAUUGGUGAAUUUGGACUGCAAGGAAUGUGCUCAUUUUUUCAUUGGUGGGGGCAUUCAGGCUUUGAAAUUAUGUGGUUGUCUAAUGUUUUACAAAUAAUUGUAUUCUAUUACAUGCUAUUAUUCAUCAUUAUACUGACUUGCAGAUGACAUACACUACCGGUCAAAAGUUUUAGAACACCUACUCAUUCAAGGGUUUUUCUUUAUUUUUACUAUUUUCAACAUUGUAGAAUAAUAGUGAAGACAUUAAAACUAUGAAAUAACACAUAUGGAAUCAUGUAGUAACCCAAAAAGUGUUAAACAAAUCAAAAUAUAUUUUAUAUUUGAGAUUCUUCAAAUAGCCACCCUUUGCCUUGAUGAUAGCUUUGCACACUCUUGGCAUUCUCUCAACCAGCUUCAUGAGGUAGUCACCUGGAAUGCAUUUCAAUUAACAGGUGUGCCUUCUUAAAAGUUCAUUUGUGGAAUUUCUUUCCUUCUUAAUGCGUUUGAGCCAAUCAGUUGUGUUGUGACAAGGUAGGGGUGGUAUACAGAAGAUAUCUCUAUUUGGUAAAAGACCAAGUCCAUAUUAUGGCAAGAACAACUCAAAUAAGCAAAGAAAAACGACAAUCCAUCAUUACUUUAAGACAUAAAGGUCAGUCAAUAUGGAACAUUUCAAGAACUGAAAGUUUCUUCAAGUGCAGUCGCAAAAACCAUCAAGCGCUAUGAUGAAACUGCCUCUCAUGAGGACCGCCACAGGAAUGGAAGACCCAGAGAUACUUCUGCUGCAGAGGAUAAGUUCAUUAAAGUUACCAGCCUCAGAAAUUGCAGCCCAAUAAGAAGAAGAGACUUGCUUGGGCCAAGAAACACAAGCAAUGGAUAUUAGACCAGUGGAAAUCUGUCCUUUGGUCUGAUGAGUCCAAAUUUGAGAUUUUUGGUUCCAACCGCCGUGUCUUUGUGAGACGCGGUGUGGGUGAACGGAUGAUCUCCGCAUGUGUAUUUCCCACCGUAAAGCAUGGAGGAGGAGGUGUUAUGGUGUGGGGGUGCUUUGCUGGUGACACUGUUUGUGAUUUAUUUAGAAUUCAAGGCACACUUAACCAGCAUGGCUACCACAGCAUUCUGCAGCGAUACGCCAUCCCAUCUGGUUUGGGCUUAGUGGGACUAUCAUUUGUUUUUCAACAGGACAAUGACCCAACACACCUCCAGGCUGUGUAAGGGCUAUUCGACCAAGAAGGAGAGUGAUGGAGUGCUGCAUCAGAUGACCUGGCCUCCACAAUCACCCGACCUCAACCCAAUUGAGAUGGUUUGGGAUGAGUUGGACCGCAGAGUGAAGGAAAAGCAGCCAACAAGUGCUCAGCAUAUGUGGGAACUCCUUCAAGACUGUUGGAAAAGCAUUCCAGGUGAAGCUGGUUGAGAGAAUGCCAAGAGUGUGCAAAGCUGUCAUCAAGGCAAAGGGUGGCUAUUUGAAGAAUCUCAAAUAUGAAAUACAGUGGGGAAAAAAAGUAUUUAGUCAGCCACCAAUUGUGCAAGUUCUCCCACUUAAAAAGAUGAGAGAGGCCUGUAAUCUUCAUCAUAGGUACACAUCAACUAUGACAGACAAAAUGAGAAAAGAAAUUCCAGAAAAUCACAUUGUAGGAUUUUUUAUGAAUUUAUUUGCAAAUUAUGGUGGAAAAUAAGUAUUUGGUCAAUAACAAAAGUUUCUCAAUACUUUGUUAUAUACCCUUUGUUGGCAAUGACACAGGUCAAACGUUUUCUGUAAGUCUUCACAAGGUUUUCACACACUGUUGCUGGUAUUUUGGCCCAUUCCUCCAUGCAGAUCUCCUCUAGAGCAGUGAUGUUUUGGGGCUGUCGCUGGGCAACACGGACUUUCAACUCCCUCCAAAGAUUUUCUAUGGGGUUGAGAUCUGGAGACUGGCUAGGCCACUCCAGGACCUUGAAAUGCUUCUUACGAAGCCACUCCUUCGUUGCCCGGGCGGUGUGUUUGGGAUCAUUGUCAUGCUGAAAGACCCAGCCACGUUUCAGGUUUUCACUCAAAAUCUCACGAUACAUGGCCCCAUUCAUUCUUUCCUUUACACGGAUCAGUCGUCCUGGUCCCUUUGCAGAAAAACAGCCCCAAAGCAUGAUGUUUCCACCCCCAUGCUUCACAGUAGGUAUGGUGUUCUUUGGAUGCAACUCAGCAUUCUUUGUCCUCCAAACACGACGAGUUGAGUUCUUACCAAAAAGUUCUAUUUUGGUUUCAUCUGACCAUAUGACAUUCUCCCAAUCCUCUUCUGGAUCAUCCAAAUGCACUCUAGCAAACUUCAGACGGGCCUGGACAUGUACUGGCUUAAGCAGGGGGACACGUCUGGCACUGCAGGAUUUGAGUCCCUGGCGGCGUAGUGUGUUACUGAUGGUAGGCUUUGUUACUUUGGUCCCAGCUCUCUGCAGGUCAUUCACUAGGUCCCCCCGUGUGGUUCUGGGAUUUUUGCUCACCGUUCUUGUGAUCAUUUUGACCCCACGGGAUGAGAUCUUGCGUGGAGCCCCAGAUCGAGGGAGAUUAUCAGUGGUCUUGUAUGUCUUCCAUUUCCUAAUAAUUGCUCCCACAGUUGAUUUCUUCAAACCAAGCUGCUUACCUAUUGCAGAUUCAGUCUUCCCAGCCUGGUGCAGGUCUACAAUUUUGUUUCUGGUGUCCUUUGACAGCUCUUUGGUCUUGGCCAUAGUGGAGUUUGGAGUGUGACUGUUUGAGGUUGUGGACAGGUGUCUUUUAUACUGAUAACAAGUUCAAACAGGUGCCAUUAAUACAGGUAACGAGUGGAGGACAGAGGAGCCUCUUAAAGAAGAAGUUACAGGUCUGUGAGAGCCAGAAAUCUUGCUUGUUUGUAGGUGACCAAAUACUUAUUUUCCACCAUAAUUUGCAAAUAAAUUCAUAAAAAAUCCUACAAUGUGAUUUUCUGGAUUUUUUCCCCUCAAUUUGUCUGUCAUAGUUGACGUGUACCUAUGAUGACAAUUACAGGCCUCUCUCAUCUUUUUAAGUGGGAGAACUUGCACAAUUGGUGGCUGACUAAAUACUUUUUUUCCCCACUGUAUAUUUUGAUUUGUUUAACACUUUUUUGGUUACUACAUGAUUCAUGUGUUAUUUCAUCGUUUUGAUGUCUUUACUAUUAUUCUACAAUGUAGAAAAUAGUACAAAUAAAGAAAAAAACUUUAAUGACCGGUAGUGUAGUUCAAUUCAGUAAUUUGCUUGAUUAUUUAUUGCUCUGUACAGAUGUAUGAUCUGAAUUUGCUCGCUCUUUUGUUGCUGAGAAUUUUCCUGCUUGUAGUGUAUUUGAGUUUUUAAAAAAUCUUCCAAAAUGUGUCAUUUCCACUUUAACAUUUCUGACUUGAUUUGCCCUAAUGAAAAAUGUAUCAACCCCUACAAAAAUGUCCAUUCAUUAUAAUCCACAUAAUAAUUCACAUUUCCUGUUGGUGCAGGAUUCUUUUCCUGCUGUAGCAAACUGGCUCAAAUUAAGAUCCUACAUUUGUAUGUCAGCAAUACAGCAAAUACAAGUGAUGAGCAAUCCAAUUUGUUUUUAUUUCCUUUACAGAUCAACUUGAGCAUCGUCAUGCUGAGUACCUUACCCCUCAGGUGUCCGAUCUCCAUUGUGCUGAGCAAGAGACAGGUAAGCCCAUUGUCUUAGGGGCUGCGGCCCAGGGGCUCUCCCCCACCAAGAUAACAGAGGAGGACGGUCACUCCGUGGUUAAGGUCCGAGACUGGUUCAGCUGGGACCUGGGAAGCAGUAACAAGCCACAGGCACAGCUCCCCCAACAACCCAGUGAUGAACCAGUGACUCCUGUCGACGUCAUCACAGAUGAGAUGCCAAGUGAUGCUGCCUCUAAGAAGCCAUCUAAUCAUGUGUCUCCAAAGCCUCUGAGAGGGCUCCUAGGGAUAUUUAGUAGAGGGGAAGCAAGAGAAGAGAGAAUCCCUGAGCUGCAAAGCCCAGUUAAAGAGGAGGUGAUCCUCUCUGAACAGAAAGAGCUUGACGAUGCCAUCCUGAACUUCGUCAAAUGCCAAUCCACUGUGAAUACUUAUUCUGACCAGCAGCAAGAUCUGCAUAAAUGUGCUACUGACAAACAGUCAGCUAAAAACGACGAGACACCAGAGGUUAGAGAACUAGUGCUUAAAAAAGAAAUAGACCAAACUCAACAGGAGCCAGAGGGAGUAGAUACAAUUCCAGAUAAACUCUCCCACUUUAAAUCAUUUUGGGAAAGAGAAAUUGGCCCUAAAAUACUGCUCAGUAAACUAAGCACUGAUACAACGAGGUGUGAAGUACUUGUCAGUGCUGGGGAUACUUGUGACCAGAAAAUGCAUGAUUUUGGUGAAGAGUUUGCCAAGGCUGAGACUGUUGAAGCAUCAUCAUCUUUUCAAAAUAUUCAGCUUGACCUCGACACUAGUGGCAUGAGAAAGUCCAAUAACUUUGGAGCAAUAAGCAAUGAUAGUAAUGACACACAUAUGCUGAUUACCCAUCCCGUCUCCCAAAAUGUGGAAACCUCAGAGCACUGUAACAUAGACCUCAAUGCUGCUCUGUCAUAUGACGAAAAGUCCUCAUCUUCCAUCGAAAGCAACUACAUGUCAAAAACAUCAGGUGACAAAGGUACAUUCAGGGAUAAACCCAUCCUUAUCUCUAAAGAGCAUUCCAGUUCAUCUGUGGGCUUGACAGUGCCUUCUCAGACUGUCCCGCCAGAUGAGGUGGCCAUUCCUUUACCUGUUUCUCCAUCCAGUCACCGCACAAGCCGGCAGGGGCGUGUCCCAGUGCCCCUCGUUAGACGGUCCCUCAGUCAACAGGAAAGCAGGAAGGCCAAGAUCAAUAACCUCAAGUCCUUCUGGGAGAAGGAGAAUAGUGGACCAAGGGUCAUUGUUAGCAAACCAAAGGAGGCUUUAGAUAGUCAAACCCAUCCAUGCUCAGAAACAUCUCCAGUUCACCACUCAAUUGCCACUUCUCAGUCUGAUCUAAGACCAACUGAAACUGACCUAGGGAAGGGUGACUAUGACAAGCAAAGCUCUUUCUUAUACGGAGUAAAGGCUAGCGACUCCGACUUGUCCGUGACUGAAAGAAUAGAAAAGGGUUUCAUCAAAAGGAGUUCAGACUCAUCACUACCAACCCUGUCUCAAGAAUGGCCCUUAAGUCCUAAAACACCUCUGCCUAGAUCUGAAAUGCCAAAGUGGAAAGACACAACUGACGAUGAACUUAAGAGAAGUCCUUCAAAGACCUGUCAUCCAAAAGCCCUGCCCAGAUAUUCAUCCAGUUUCCAAGGAGCCAGGCGUGAUAGUUCUCCAUUAACAACCUUCUCCAUAGACAUUGCCUUACUCACAAGGGAAAAUCAGGAUGAUCCAGAGAGAGCAACAUCAGUGGUUAAACAGAGAAAAGGACUCUCACGUGAAGCAAUUCUGUCAGGAUCAGAGUCCACCAAACCUACCCUAGGAAUCACAUCUACCCCUCCACAGUUUAGACUUGAAGAGGAGGGGCAGGAUCACCUGACCUUGCCACGUAGAGGCUCGGCACAGAGCUCACUAACUUCUAUGAUGUCCCCGCUAUCACCCACUAGGUCGCUCCCUUGCCCCGUCAGAAGGACAAGUUUAGGGAACCUAAGUGUACAGGAGGGCAGUCCUCACCGGUCCACUGGGCCAAAUCAUGGGGACCCGCAUGUAAGAGCCUCUGAAGCUGGCAAGAUUGGCCAACAGCCCGUCAAUAGGGAUCCUGUUGAAAGAAAGCUUUCGGGAGCAUCGGAAGACUCUGAAACAUAUCCCCGCCUUGCAAGGUCUUUCAUUCCCGAGAGCAAUCAGCAUUAUUUGGGGCUCGCUGAGUGGACACACAUCCCUCAGUUUAUCGCAGACAAAGUGGGGAAUGGCCAUCUGAGUCCCACUGUCCCCACUCCAUUGCUCCUGAGCAUGAGAAGCAGUGAGGGGAGUCCAUCUUGGAUCAGUCCUAGGUCCAUGGAGAAUGUCGAUGUUGGCUUAUCCAGAGGAAGCAUGCCUGAGAUCUGGUCUCAAUCUCGGGCAAGUUCAAGCUGUGAGCUUUGCAUUUUCUCAUCAAACAUAGUUUUAGUGAUUUAGAAGUGAAAUGGCUAAUGAUUUUAAUGUGGGGGCUAAUCAUGUCGGCCACAUCAUUCUGAUCUUUGAUGGAAGAAGCAGGGUUAGACGCACAAGACAAUGUCUUUCACAUGGCAGAAUUUGCCUCUUUUAGGUAGAUAUACAGUGCAUUCGGAAAGUAUUCAGACCCCUUGACUUUUUCCACAUUUUGUUACGUUACAGCCUUAUUCUAAAAUGGAUUUAAUUGUUGUAUUUCCUCAUUAUCUACACACAAUACCCCAUAAUGACAAAGCAAAAACAGGUUAUUACAAUUUUUUGCAAAUCUAUAAAAAAAACGUAAAUAUCACAUUUACAUAAGUAUUCAGACCCUUUACUCAGUACUUUGUUGAAGCACCUUUGGCAGCGAUUACAGCCUCGAGUCUUCUUGGGUAUGACGCUGCAAGCUUGGCACACCUGUAUUUGGGGAGUUUCUCCCAUUCUUCUCUGCAGAUCCUCUCAAGCUCUGUCAGGUUGGAUGUGGAGCGUCGCUGCACAGCUAUUUACUAGGGGUGUAACGAUUCGUUUUAACAACGAUUCGAUUUGUAUCACGAUUCUUGGUUGUCGAUACGAUUCAAGGACGAUAUUGGUUCAUUUAGAACGAUACGAUCCGAAACGAUUCAGUGACUUGAAAUCGAUUCAGUAACCUUUUAGCCAAAAAUUCAACCAGUGUGACUGAAAUAAAUACCUGGAUACUGGACAGUGCAGGUGAAGUUUCCUAGAUUCCUGUUUCUUGUAAGGACCGCAAUGGUGGCUUGAUAAUUUCUCGCUCGUCGGCUUCUCCUCUGUCGUCCGCCAUGCUAUGUUUUGUUGUCUUUGCGCCUUUGCGCUGCUGCUGGCGCGGGGUGAUGACGUCACGGAUAGGCAGACUGAAUCGAGUAAUGUUUAAAGCCUUUAUCAUUAAAAGUGCUAAGAAAAAACAUCCAUAUAAAGUCUGACGUGCUUAAAUCCAAUGGGUUAUUUCCUAGUAUCGAUACAAUCGAUUUAUUACAUUUUAAAACGAUGUUAGAUUGAUAUAUGUUGUCCAAAAGGCCAACUCGCCGAGCACAGAUCGAUGUAGUUGGAUCAUAGGAAUAUAAAUCGAUACAUCGAUGUAGUAGAUGGAUCGUUACACCCCUACUAUUUACAGGUCUCUCCAGAGAUGUUCGAUCUGUUGUCCUGUUGGAAGGUGAACCAUCGCCCACAGUCUGAGGUCCUGAGCGCUCUGGAGCAGGUUUUCAUCAAGGAUCUCUCUGUACUUUGCUCCGUUCAUCUUUCCCUUAAUCCUGACUAGUCUUCGCUGAAAAACAUCCCCACAGCAUGGUGCUGCCACCACUAUGCUUCACCGUCGGUAUGGUGCCAGGUUUCCUCCAGACGUGACACUUGGCAUUCAGGCCAAAGAGUUCAAUCUUGGUUUCAUCAGACCAGAGAAUAUUGUUUCUCAUGGUCUGAGAGUCCUUUAGGUGCCUUUUUGCAAACUCCAAGCGGGCUGUCAUGUGCCUUUUAUUGAGGAGUGGCUUCCGUCUGGCCACUACCAUAAAGGCCUGAUUGGUGGAGUGCUGCAGAGAUGGUUGUCCUUCUGGAAGGUUCUCCCGUCUCCACAGAGGAACUCUGGAGCUCUGUCAGAGUGACCAUUGGGUUCUUGGUCACCCCCCUGACCAAGGCCUUUCUCCCUCGAUUGCUCAGUUUGGCCGGGCGGCCAGCUCUAGGAAGAGGCUUGGUGGUUACAAACUUCUUCCAUUAAUUUUAAUUUUGUGGUAAUUUUUACCCCCUUUUACUCCCCAAUUUCGUGAUUACGAACUUGUCUCAUCGCUGCAAUUCCCCAACGAUCUCGGGAGAGGCGAAGGUCGAGUCAUGCGUCCUCCGAAACAUGACCCGCCUAACCGCGCUUCUUAACACCCGCCAGCUGCACCAAUGUGUCAGAGGAAACACUGUUCAACUGACAACCUAAGUCAACCUGCAGGCGCCCAGCCAGCCACAAGGAGUCGCUAGAGCGCGAUGAGCCAAGCAAAGCUCCCCCGGCCAAACCCUCCCCUAACCCGGACGACGCUGGACCAAUUGUGCGCCGCCCUAUGGGACUCCCGGUCACGGCUGGUAAUGGCACAGGCUGUAGUAACGCCGCAACAUUGCAAUGCAGUGCCUUAGACCGCUGCGCCACUCAUGAGCAAACUUCUUCCAUUUAAGAAUGAUGGAGGCCGCUGUGUUUUUGGGGACCUUCAAUGCUGCAGAAAUUUUUGGUACCCUGCCCCAAAUCUGUACCUCGACACAAUCCUGUCUCGGAGCUCUACGGACAAUUCCUUCAUCCCCAUGGCUUGGUGUUUGCUCUGACAUGCACUGUCAACCGUGGGACUUUAUAUAGACAGGUGUGUGCCUUUCCAAAUCAUGUCCAAUCAAUUGAAUUUACCACAGGUGGACUCCAAUCAAGUUGUAGAAACAUCUCAAGGAUGAUCAACGGAAACAGGAUGCACCUGAGCUCAAUUUCGAGUCUCAUAGCAAAGGGUCUGAACACUUAUGUAAAUAAGGUAUUUCUAUUUUUUAUUUGUAAUACAUUUGCAAACAUUUCUAAAAACCAGUUUUUACUUUGUCAUUAUGGGGUAUUGUGUGUAGAUUAAUGAGGAACAUUUUUAAUUUAAUCAAUUUUAGAAUAAGGCUGUAACGUAACAAAAUGUGGAAAAAGUGAAGGGGUCUGAAUACUUUCCGAAUGCACUGUAUAUCUUUUUGGGGGGGCACAUACUGUCCUCUUAUAAAAGCCCUCUUAUAUUUUUCAACGUGGCAAAUGUUGAAAGGCCUCUCUGACAGACCGAAAGCAACCAGUUUACCUAACUGUAAAUCUACAUUGAAAGUCAUUUUGUCGUAAGCCUUAUGGCAUGGCAAACCUAGUUUCUCGUUAGUGGGUGUUUCUUCCAAACAGCAUGCUAAACAGUACAUUUGGUUUUGCAUUUAUUGAUUGGCUUUCCAGCACAGUGUGAAAGCUAGCUUGCCAGACCUUCUAUCACGCUAUUGUGUCAUUGAACUUUGCUAAACUUUACCUCGGCGCUCCUUCAGCCAGGUGUGCAUAGCCAACGGUUGCAUCACUCAAAGUCUCUUCAUGACAUUAACGGGUCGAAAUAGAUGAGCAAUCCGCCAACUUUAGCUGUAAAAGGAAAUAGUAAUUUUGAAUAUACUGUGCUGUACCAAACAACCAAUGCUGUUAAAACUGUCACUUUGCGCAAACCAAUAAGGUCUACAUUUUAUUUGUAUUUAUAUACAAAUUCCUGCAUUUCAUGGCGCUGUAACCCUGCCUCUUCAUAUUUUUUUUUGUUAUGUUAUUGUAUCUGCAUUCUGAUAUAGGCACAAGAUGAUUGUCUCUAACAUUAUCAUGAUAUCCAUACCGUAGAGUAGACCCACAAAUUAACCAAGGUCUAUCUGAUUAAAAUAAGUACAUGAAGCGUAAAGAAAACCUUUUCGAUUACCAUGUAACAUGUUUAGUAAAUCACCUCUUCAAAUCACAUUGUAUGCCACAGACUUGAAUGACCCUGGAUCAUUAAGAAACUGUGAAGUAAGCUAAUAUACAUUUGUAUUAUCUGUCAGGGUGUUUCAAAUAAUCAGUAGAUUGAAAUGAAAACAAACUCAUUAAAAUAUUUCCUAAUCUUCAUAAAGAACAAUCAAUAGAUUUUUGGAAUGCUGUGCAAGUAUUUGCAGUGCAACUGUUUGUUCAGAACAAUGGAAGUAUCUGGAAAUAUCAGAAGGGGACAUUUUUCCUAAUGUCAUGCAAUCUAUGAAGACCGGUCUGUCUUUUGUUCGUCGGUUUAUUGCUAUAUUUUCCAGAGCUGAUUUUAUUUUCUCUGUGGCAGGUCAUGAUGAGAACUUAAGCCCUAUCAGGGUAGAGUUGAAACAAAUGUCUUCAAGACCCUUAUCCAGAAGUCUGGAGGAGGUUGUAUCACCGCCAAAACGUAAAUAGACAGUUCUUGGUUUUCCUGAGCUCCAAAGGCUUGAUUCUUGAGUUCCUUAACUCAGUGUUAUUCUCAAUCCUAGACUGUGGUUAGCCGUGGCCAAUUGUUCCAAUAGUUGCUCUAACCCUUCAAAUAAAUUGUUUAAGAAAGAGUUUUCAAUGAGCAUUAUGAUGUUGUUUUCAUGAUAUCUGAAGUGAACUGUUUAAUCCUCUAACCCUUUAUUUUCUUCCAAAGGAGAAGAAAGAAGUACAAUUCAUCUAAGUGUGGAUGAUGGUAAAUAUUUCUGUUUCAUUUCAUUUCAUAAAAACAGUGUACAUUUGCUUUUUGUUUGAAAGCAGACCACCAGUAUUGUGCAAACAAAUACAAUUGUGUUAUACUUGGCUUCUACUAAAUGGUAUUACUAGAUUUUGACUGUAUUUGUUGGUGAGAGUUGAAACCCUGAACCAUUCAGUGAUGAGAAUAGAUUAGAAUUGUAACUCAUUGUUGAAAUAUCACUUCAUAUUUUAUUGCAAUUUGAGGAAACUAUACUUUUUCAAAUAACGUUGUUAUGUUGAUUGUUGUGGUUUCAGGCACAGUGAUGCCAUGGUUAUAACAAAAUUAGAUCUUGUGAUUGUUUAAAUCAAUCUUCCUUAACUCUGCCCAAGUAUGUUCACUAUGUUCUUGUUUACGCCCUACUGUAUAUUGAGUUAACAUUUUUGACAAGAAAUGCAACAUAAGAUGGUCCAUGUGCAUCAGAUCAAACAAAAACGCACAAAAAUGCUGCAUUAAAUUCCCCUGGUUUCAAAACAUGCCCACAACACUCGUCCUAAAAAAUCCCUAAUCAAUCCCUAGCUUUAACCUCUGAGGCACUUGGGGAGAUCUGAGAGGAUUGGAUAGGUAUAAGGAAUAUGGCAACAAUUCAUGCACCUGUACUAUCAUAGGGCAAGGUGGAAGGUCCGCAAUCACUUACACCUUCCCAAUCCUCUCAGAUCUACUCAAUUGUCUAAGGGGAAGGGGAUAGGGGUUGAUUUGGGAAUUAUGGAAUUAUUCAGGAAGUGGAUUAUUGAGAGCAGAGGAAUGUUGAGGAAAGCAUGUUGUUUCGCCAAUGUGAUUAAUGCUGCUGGUCAUUACAUUGUCUUGUAAUUUCACUAAUUCGUUGAAUGAUUUGAGUGAAGACCCUGCUGAUUUGAGUCAUUAGGAGAGAUUAGUUAGAGAGUGGUGAAUGUCCUUGUCCACCUAUCUGCUUUGCAUCUUCCAGUCUCUGCAGUGCCUCCCUCCUCCCUCUCCCUCCUCCCUCCUCCCUCUUCCUCUUCCCUCUCAGUCCCGGAGCAGAUGAAGAAUAUGAGCAAGUCGGUGUCUGCUUUGCAGGAUGAGGUAAAAAAUGUUUUACUGACAGUGGCGCCCUUUGUUCAGGGCAAAAAAAUACCUAAGCAUUUUUAGAGUGAUAUACCCCAUCUGAAUAAGGGGGAAGUUAAUUGCCUUGUUAGCUUUAAGUUGACAACAAUGCAAAAUAACUGAUUGUGUUGAGUUCUUCCCUCUUGAAUUCAUUUGAAUGGCUUUCAAAAUCCACCAUUUGUGACUCAAUGCAUAACAUUUUGAGGGGUAAUGCAAUCACCUUUCCUUUUUGGAAGUCAUAGAAUUAAUGUAUUUUUCAUGCUUGGAUAAGACACAUGAGCUAUUGAUAACCACUCUUUAUCCCACAUUUCAGUACAUUUUUAACAUGGUUUGUAUGUGCAUGUAGCAGACCCUGGCUCCAACCACUAUGUAGGCCCACAAUGUGUUUGAACCUGUGUGUGUGUUUGUGUGUGUGUGUGUGUGUGUGUGUGUGUGUAUGUGUGUGUGCGCGUGUCUGACCACCCGCCAUUGUUGUUUCUGCACUGUCUUGUAGAAGGAUGGCAGAGACAGUGACUGCACCUCAGUGAAAAGUCUCAACUUCAGCUGGAAAAAGCGGACGGGCAGUUCCCUCACUAACCUUAGCCUCUCCUCUGGCAUGGCGUCCAUGUCCUCUGUAUGUUCUCAUGCAGCUUCCCUAUCAGAUAUGUUGACAUGUGCCAUGAAAUAAUCAAACUCACUUUGCUUUGAAUUCACGUGGCUGCAAUCCUAAUAAUGCUAAUAACAAAAGUUACAGCAGAACAUUUGUUUUCUCCCCCACAUUUGAUACACAGGAAUCAUACAAUUGUCCCAUAGCAGAUGUAAGAGUAUUAGGGUUCUAGAGAAUCGGGAAAUGUGGGUUCUGAAUGCACUUAAGAUUAAGAGAGGCCUAUGUUCAGCAUCUGGAAGAAAAUAAUACUGAGGUUCAGUGGUGGCUGGUGGCACUUUAAAUGGGGAGGACUGCUCAUAGUAAUGUCUGGAACGGAAUAAAUGGAAUGGUAUCAAACACAUCAAACAUCUGGUUUUCCAUGUGUUUGAUACCAUUCCAUUGACUCCAUUCCAUUAUUAUGAACCGUCCUCCCCUCACCAGCCUCAUCUGCUGUAGUUGCAUAUCACUGCUUCUAAGAAUGUUACACCACUUAAAAGAUGGUUGUGUACACAUCAGGCAGGCGAAUCAAUUUUCUUUUCUCCUUUGGCUAACUCAUUGGAAGUAAAAGAAGGAGUUAUCAGUUAUUUAAAAAAUUCCCCCCUAAUUAUCAGUCAAAGGCAACUCAGACUAUGGGGUAUUUGGUUUGCUUGAUAAAACACUUGUUGAUGCUGUUGUCUCUUCCUAACAUCAUGUGGACCGUUAAGGUGAGCGGCAGUGUGGCAAGCAUCUACAGUGGAGUAGAUGGGAAUGUGGAGGUGAAGGGAACAAUCCGGUUUGCAUUGAAUUACGUCCAGAAGCUCGGGGAGUUCCACAUCUUUGUUGUCCACUGCAGAGAUCUUGCCGUGGCAGAACCCAAGAAGAACCGUUCCGAUCCGUAGGUGUUCUUGUGAUAAAUAAGAUUGUGUGUGUGUGUGAUUAUCCUAUCAUUGUAAAAUAAUUUUCAGCCAUCUCCAGGUGCAUAGGCUUACAGAGGUUGAUGGAAACAUUCUUGUUUUCCAUUACCUUACACAGGAUCAUCAGUGUGUUAUUGCAAUUUGAGACUAGGUGCAUGGAAAGCAAUGAUGUGCCAUGGAAACUUUCACCAACUUCUAUCCGAUUGCACUUUGCAGCUUUUAAAGCAAAAUGUUACCGCGUUUGCGGAGUUCGCAUUCAAGGUAAACGCUGCAGAUGCCUGCUCAGUUGGAAAUUUCCUUUAAAUGUCCAGCGUGCUAUAGCAGGGUUUCUAAUUGAAUCCCAGCCCUAGUUGCUUUUGCUUUGUAUUUGUGCAGUGGCUAAUAAUUUGAUGUUGGAUAUUCAUUUUCAGAUAUGUGAAAUGUUACCUCUUACCGGACAAAGCAAAGAUGGGAAAGAGAAAAACCAGUGUGAAAAAGAAGACCUUGAACCCCACCUACAAUGAGAUCCUUAGGGUAAGAGAGAAGAGCUAUGAUGGCUGGUUAUUAAAGUCCUCCUCCAGACUCCCUUUCAGCUCAUUUAUCACCUGAUUCACUCAACAAAAGGCACAUCUCAAUAGGUGGUCCAGGUAUAUGGCGGGGUGAGCCUUUCCUUUUUUGUUCUCUAUUGUUCCUCAAGCAAGGGGGGAGGCUGAUUACAUCAGAGGGCACCAUCAGGCCAACUCCUUGAAUGGCCAACUCCAUGAAGUUUGAACUUGUAUCUACAAAAACUCAAUUUUGCUAAAAACUAUUUUAUUUACCCUUAAGUGUGUACAUUCCUGAAAUUAUAAAUGGGAUAUUGUUUUUCAACAGGAAAAGUUCAAAAAUAGCUGUACACAAAGUUAUCAGUGACGACACAAAGCAAUCAGUGACGACACAACGCUAUCAGUGACGACACAAAGCAAUCAGUGACGACACAACGCUAUCAGUGACGACACGAAGCUAUCAGUGCUCUGUCUAUUGUCUGUUUUGAAUAAUGUAGUUUUACACCGUGUUCUACCCCUGCAGUUUAAAGUUACCAUGGAGACCCUCAAGACUCGAUCACUUAAUGUCUCCAUGUGGCACAACGAUAACUUUGGACGGAACAGCUUCCUUGGCGAGGUGGACUUGGAUUUGUCUGAAUGGGACUUUAGCAACACACAGAUGAAUGACUAUGCUUUGAAAGCAAGGGUAAACUACAAGAGGAAUAGUUUUGGUCGUAUACAGUCUGUUUUGCAGUGUCAAUUUUAUGUAGGUGGUAACUCAUAAAGACUGAUCUGAUACCAACUUGCCACAACUAAAGUUAUUCUAUUCACUCUAGAUUUCGACACAGUCUCUCAGUCCCUCUCACUCCCAAUCUAUUGACCAUCGAGGAAUGAUGAGAAUAGGAUUGCGUUUCCUGCCACAGAUCUCCUACAGUAAGCUGUUUCUCAGACCACUCUCAUCAUCAUCAAGCCUGUUCUGUGUUCUAUUGAACAUAACUUACUCAUGUGUGUUUUUACUCAAUUGAUAGGUAAGAGGUCAUCCAAAACAGAGACGGGUGAGGUGCAGAUUUGGGUAAAAGACUGCAAGAACCUGCCUGCUGUCAGGGGUGCGAUCAUGGACCCCUUUGUGAAAUGGUAUGAGUUUUGGAUAUGUUGCACCUGGUUAAAUACGGGUGUGAAGAAUAAUUUAGUAUUUCAUAUCUUUAUAGUGCCAAUGUGCCAUUUAGUCAUAUAAACUCUUUCAACACUAUUUAUAGCAAUUCACUCACAAAUGUAAUACACUGUGUAAUACAGCUUUUUUGUACUGUUGUUGAGUCCUGUUUGAAUACUUUGAAAAUGCAUCCUCCCUUCUUUCCUUGAGGUAAGCGCUUAUGCGUAUCUACAGUAUAUGCGAUUGGAUAGGUAUGAGGUGACCACCCUAUUACUUUCACCAAGCCACCCAGUUCAUAUCUGUGAUUACCUCAAGAAUGGUAGCGAGAAAGGAUAGGACGCAUUUCUGUAAUAUUCGAACUGGGCCAUUGAUUGCUUUUGUCCUAAACUUACAGUAUACUGUUAGAGCUAAAGAAAUUCCUUGAAAUGCACAGGAUCAGAUUGUGGGCCAGCGUGUGCUAGGCUGCUUAUCUGUUGUUGUUGUAUGCUAUUUUAGCACCGUGCUUCCAGACACAAGCAGGAAAAGCCGACAGAAGACUCGGGUGGUGAAGAAGACGGCCAACCCCAUGUUCAAUCACACCAUGGUCUACGAUGGCUUUCGGCCAGACGACCUACGAGAGGCCUGCGUUGAAGUCACGGUGUGGGAUCACGACCGGCUCGCUAACCAUUUCAUUGGGGGCUUAAGGCUGGGCCUUGGAACAGGUGAUAUACUUUGUGUAAUUUGUUUACAGUUUGGCCGGGAUUCAAUUCAAGGCACGUUAAAACGCAGCACACUAUAACAGACUUUUAAAGGUAAUUUACACUUGAGCCGACAUGCGCAGCGUUGACCAUGAAUGCGAUCUCUGAGAACAUCUGGGAAAAUGUAUUUAAAAGGCACAUUCUCAGCUGUGUAGUGCCCUCUGCCCUGCACUGUAGCACCGAUUGAAUUCCGGCAUCUAAUGGGUUGAGAAAAUUCCCCAAAUUUCUGAAUCGGAUUAAUGCUUUUCUCUAACGUAGCAUGUCUUUAUAUUGAAAUUGUUUCGUGAGUCGUUCCAAACCUGUUGUAGCCUAAUUAUUAAUAUUGAUAUGCAUACACAAUAAAUCCAAUAGGAAGCUAACUGGAUCAUCCCCAAUCUGUCUUAACAGGUAAAAGUUAUGGGUUGGAGGUGGAUUGGAUGGAUUCAACCUCUGAAGAAGCAAGUUUCUGGGAGAGAAUGAUGCAUUCUCACAAUGAAUGGGUCGAGGAUGUUUUACCCUUGAGAAUGUUGAUAAUGGCAAGAAGUUGAUCAAAAUAAGAUGGUGUGUGAAAGGUUGUAUGACAAAAUGAGAAGAAUGUUGCUCAUUGGGUGUAUCAGUUUGAUGAAGUUUAUAACUGAUAAUGUAAUCAGUAAUAUAAUCUCUCACUUUUGUAGGGGAAAGAACAUACAGGCAUAUUGGAGUAUUGUGCUUGGUGCUUAGAUUCUUCUAGAACUACAUUACAAAUGGGUAUUUAUUUUUUGAAAGAUGAAAAUGUUACAUAAUCGUGUUUGUUGUCAUACUGAUCAAAUACCUACUCACAAAUUGUUAAGAUAUAGAUAGGUUAUGUUUUAAUUGAUUCAUUGCAAUUCAUAUUGAUCACUAUUUGUAUAUAAUCCUAUAUAUGUUUCAUAAUGUUAUUCCAUGGUAAAUGAACUGAAGAGAAUGUUUCCACUAUUGAUACAACAGCAUAUAUAAUCAGAAAUGUGGUGUUAUGUUUUCAUUGUUGUCUUUGUGAAAUAUAUUAUUCACAUUACUCAAUAUAGUAACAGCAUAUGUUUUCAUCAAAGUUAAUGUUUCCACUAAUUCAGGCACCCCAACAAUCAAUACAAUAUCACAUGUUGGAAGAAAAAAAUGUGUGAAUUGAAUAGUAAUGGUAGCAUACAUAGGAUUACAUUUUUCGGCAGCAAUUGACAGUAAGCAGUGAGAAAAAACACCACAACAUUUGAAAUAGACGUGAAGUUGGAUUUCCAAGAGAAUGCAAAAAGAGCCAUGAUCCUAUGGGAAAUUUGGGACAGAGUUUUUUAAAUGCUCCAGAAUAUUAAUAAUAAUAAUAUAUCGCUGUUAUUGGCAGAGAGGUUUGGAACUCAUCUUUCUUAUUGGUCUAUUAAACUAAUUUACUGCAAGUCCCAAACUCCAUCCCACCAAAAACAGGCUGAAAUUUCAGGCUGUCAUUUCAAAACAGCUCACUAAAGGGGCAUAUCAUCAUUUUCACAGUGUCAUGUUUUGACUACACAGAGGUCAUUGGUCUUAUGGACAUUGAGCGAUUUAGAGUGGAGUCUUUUGGGCAUCUGGUAGGGGUGUAACGAUCCAUCUACUACAUCGAUGUAUCGAUUUAUUUCAUAUGAUCCAACUACAUCGAUCUGUGCUCGGCGAGUUGGCCUUUUGGAAAAAAUAUAUCGAUCUAACAUCGUUUUAAAAUGUAAUAAUCGAUUGUAUCGAUACUAGGAAAUAACCCAUUGGAUUUAAGCACGUCAGACUUUAUAUGCAGGGGUGCACAUAACUGGUACGCAGAUACGCAAGCGCGACAAAAAUCAGGAAUGCGUAAUGCCACUUGUGUUACUACGCGCCUUUUCGUCUUGACCGAUCUUUCAUCUAACCUUACACAUGACAUGUUGCUUUUCAACUACUGUCAGGGAUGUCCAAAAAGCAACAGACAUUAAGCAGCUUCUUUGGCGUUUCGCCACCCACAAGAAACGCCAACUGAGCCAAGCCCAAGAAAAAAUUUUUUCGGAAAAGUGGCCCAAAAAUGCAUGGCUGAAACUAACGGACGCACUGAAAUGUGGUGCAAGAUUUGCCGCUCAAACCAAUUGCAACAAAACAGGUGCAUUUUAAAAGGCUCAAAGAUUUCAACACCUUUAUUGACAAAUUUAAAGCCCUUUGCAGGUGUUUUGAGUUAAUCAGCUGAUUAUUUUGUGGCACCAGGUGUCUUCAAAAUGUAACCCUUACACAAUAUUCUAAUUUUGUGACACACGGAAUUUUGGAUUUUCAUUUGUUGCCACUUCAAAUCAUCAAAAUUAAAUGAAAUAAACAUUUGAAUGCAUCAGUCUGUGUGCAAUGAAUAAAUAUAAUGUACAAGUUACACCUUUUGAAUGCAAUUACUGAAAUAAAUCAAGUUUUUCAAAAUAUUCUAAUUUACUGACUUUUACCUGUACUGUUAGAGCUAAAGAAAUUCCUUGAAAUGCACAGGAUCAGAUUGUGGGCCAGCGUGUGCUAGGCUGCUUAUCUGUUGUUGUUGUAUGCUAUUUUAGCACCGUGCUUCCAGACACAAGCAGGAAAAGCCGACAGAAGACUCGGGUGGUGAAGAAGACGGCCAACCCCAUGUUCAAUCACACCAUGGUCUACGAUGGCUUUCGGCCAGACGACCUACGAGAGGCCUGCGUUGAAGUCACGGUGUGGGAUCACGACCGGCUCGCUAACCAUUUCAUUGGGGGCUUAAGGCUGGGCCUUGGAACAGGUGAUAUACUUUGUGUAAUUUGUUUACAGUUUGGCCGGGAUUCAAUUCAAGGCACGUUAAAACGCAGCACACUAUAACAGACUUUUAAAGGUAAUUUACACUUGAGCCGACAUGCGCAGCGUUGACCAUGAAUGCGAUCUCUGAGAACAUCUGGGAAAAUGUAUUUAAAAGGCACAUUCUCAGCUGUGUAGUGCCCUCUGCCCUGCACUGUAGCACCGAUUGAAUUCCGGCAUCUAAUGGGUUGAGAAAAUUCCCCAAAUUUCUGAAUCGGAUUAAUGCUUUUCUCUAACGUAGCAUGUCUUUAUAUUGAAAUUGUUUCGUGAGUCGUUCCAAACCUGUUGUAGCCUAAUUAUUAAUAUUGAUAUGCAUACACAAUAAAUCCAAUAGGAAGCUAACUGGAUCAUCCCCAAUCUGUCUUAACAGGUAAAAGUUAUGGGUUGGAGGUGGAUUGGAUGGAUUCAACCUCUGAAGAAGCAAGUUUCUGGGAGAGAAUGAUGCAUUCUCACAAUGAAUGGGUCGAGGAUGUUUUACCCUUGAGAAUGUUGAUAAUGGCAAGAAGUUGAUCAAAAUAAGAUGGUGUGUGAAAGGUUGUAUGACAAAAUGAGAAGAAUGUUGCUCAUUGGGUGUAUCAGUUUGAUGAAGUUUAUAACUGAUAAUGUAAUCAGUAAUAUAAUCUCUCACUUUUGUAGGGGAAAGAACAUACAGGCAUAUUGGAGUAUUGUGCUUGGUGCUUAGAUUCUUCUUAGAACUACAUUACAAAUGGGUAUUUUAUUUUUUGAAAGAUGAAAAUGUUACAUAAUCGUGUUUGUUGUCAUACUGAUCAAAUACCUACUCACAAAUUGUUAAGAUAUAGAUAGGUUAUGUUUUAAUUGAUUCAUUGCAAUUCAUAUUGAUCACUAUUUGUAUAUAAUCCUAUAUAUGUUUUCAUAAUGUUAUUCCAUGGUAAAUGAACUGAAGAGAAUGUUUCCACUAUUGAUACAACAGCAUAUAUAAUCAGAAA